GCGCUCCGGAUCAAAGGCUGCUCCGGCUCCCAGUCGCACGGUCCUGCACUGAGCGCAGUCUGCCCUACGUCUCCACGGACGCGCCUCUGUCUGGAUAUCGCAGCCUGCUUCUUAUUUGUUUAAAAACAAACAAAAAACAAACAAACAAAAUCUCUGGAUUAUAUUCAUCUGAUGGUUUUCAACUCCAACUCGAUGCAUAGAAAUGGGUAAACUGCACUCGAAACAUGCGGCUAUUUGUAAACCGAGGGAGAGUCCCGAAGGAGACAGCUUCGUGGUGAACGCCUGCUUGGCCAGGAAGGGCAUCGACGACUGGCUCGUUAAGCAGAAAUACUACUGCACGAGCUCCCGUCUGGAGCAACAGGACUGUCACCACAAGAAUAACUGCGGUCUGACCACACGGAACUCCAUUGAUGAAGCAUGUGCCGAGGGGAUUGGUGACGAACACUAUCGUUUAGAAGUGGCUUUACCCCCGGAGAAGACAGACAGCUGCUGUGUAGAGGAGAAGAUGCAGGAGAGGGGCAGCCAAUCUCCCGCAGGGCCACAGAAACAGCUCCAGUUUGAAGAGUUGGAGUGUGCUGUGUCUGUGGAGGAGGAUAACAGGCAGGAGUGGACCUUCACCCUCUACGACUUUGACAACAACGGCAAAGUUACCAGAGAGGACAUCACCAGCCUGCUCCACACCAUCUAUGAGGUUGUAGACGCUUCUGUCAACCAUUCUCCUGGCAGCAGCAAGACAUUGCGGGUCAAACUCUCUGUGGCUCCUGACUCCAGCCAGCGGUGGAGGAGCUGUACACAGGGUGCGGCAGACAUGCCCCACCCCAGAGAGAAAAAUGACAAGUGCAUCGAAGACCCCAAGAGUGCAGACAAGAAGUCUCGAGCACUCCUAAGGCGCCACCACAGUGACCACCACACCCAGCCUGGCUGCCAGCGCCACUGUGUGGAUGAGAACCUGGAACGCAGGAACCACUACUUGGACCUGGCAGGCAUUGAAAACUACACAUCCCGCUUCGGAGCCGCUCCCACUGCAGAGCCAACAAAAGCAGAGCCUCAGACCCGGUCGUCCAACCAGACUCGUUCUCGCUCCCAUGAACCAGAAAAUGGACACUCCCAUUCCCACCAUCGCCGCCUGCAGACUGUUGUGGACACUGUUGCUCCAGACAGCCUCCACCCCGCCCGGCCGAGAGGCCAAGACUCAGGGAAGCAUGCCCUCCGUUCUCCUAAGACCCACAGCCGCACACCUCCUGCACAGAUCAGUGGCAGGGUGAUGAGGAGCCGAGGGGUCCCCCCUCCUCCUGUCCUAGUUAGCCAGACCCCUCCUCAUCAGUCCGCAGCCCCCUACCGCAAACACAAGCAGCGGUCCAAGGAGAGCCAGGCCUAUCGGGCUUUAGGCUCUCUGGCAGCUCCAGGACCAGUGGUGGAGAAAGAGCAAGUGAGAGACCUGCCCAGCGUGCUGCUCUAUGAGGGGGGGCUGGCCCAAGUGGUGCAACGGCAUGAGCAUCACCAUCACCAUGAACAUCAUCACCACUACCACCACUUUUACCAGUCCUGAAUUUCCACCCUGCCUGGGACAGCUCAACACUCCUGCAGCCCCGCAAACCCCAGUCAGGCCAGCAGACACUGACUGCAGGGAGCCAGCUCCUUAAAAACUGUGCAGUUAGCCCUGCAGUGGCAUUGUAGUGGAUACAGGACAUGGGAAAGAGAGGAGGAUAAUGGGAAGGGUGUCCCAGUGCUGAGAUGUUAUUAAACAGUGUUAUAAAGAGGUUGGUCAGACAUACAAAAGCUUGGGUAUGCAGCAGGACAGUGAUUCAGAGCCACAGUACAGCGGUACAGGACUGAGGAUCACAUUGGGGCUCGAGAGGAGGCACAGAGGGACCGUUUUAAUAAAUAAAUCAGAUGUUCCUUUCCCCCCAGCACAGUGAUCCUCCACCUGAUGAACUAUAUGUCUCCAAACCAGCACCACAACCCUUCCAGACCACUAAGCCAAAAGGUUUAUAUGGAGAAGGAAGGACAAGAGGGAGAAAGACUGUGAUGUAAAGAUAAACAUAUAUGAAGGAACUUGGUGAUAGGAGAGCAGGGCGUAGUGUGUAUGUGUGUGUCAAACAUUGUGUGAAUGUGUGAGUAUAGCAAAAGUGUGAGUGAGUAUGUGUGUCUGAGUGUCACGACACUGGUGUCUGUAGAAAACCACUCGAAGUGCGCUCAUGGGUGCGUGAGUAUUUAAAGCAGGCUGUCAAGCGGGUUUUUGAAGAUGAAAACGAAGAUUCUGAUUUAAGCACGCAAUACCCCCUGAGCAAAAGUGGGAAGGAAAAUGUUGAAAUGUUGUAAAGUAACAAAAGAAGAAGAGAGAUCCCAAAUCCGCUGCUACCUCUAAUUUUAUCCUAAUUGUUGUAAUGGUGAUUUUGAAUAAGCAUUCAGAGGUUAUUUUCAAAUUACUUCAAAACUUUUUUGAAAGAUGAGAAAUCGUGUCACAAUCUGCAGUACUGAAAUGUCGAAAAGCUCCUUACAUUUAUGAACUAACAUUUGCUGUACAUAAGGUAUAUAUUGUUAUCAAUUUUAUAAGCUUUAUUGAUAAUGUGAUAUCUUUGUAUUCACUCUCUGAAGAAGCUGUUAUGUUUGUUUUCCUUCACAACUGCAUUUUUAUUAAGACCACUAGGAGCCUCAUUUUUACCACAAUAUGUACGACUCUAUCAGUAACCCCGUAUCGCACUCCUUCAUCCUCUGUUUAUCACUGAACUGUGACCUAGUAAUUAUGGCUGAAUAACUAAAAUCUCAACUCUCAACAGUGCUGUUCAGUAGCUCAUCUUCACUUUACAAGCAAACAUUAAUGGAACAUUGGUUCACCAGUUAAUUAUUUUGUUUUCGGAUUCCCGUAUAAAGCUCUUGUUAUGCUCCUGAAUCCCGGCAGUGUUUGUACCAAGAGCUGUGUUUUUCCCCCUUUUAAAUGUCCAAAAUUUUAGCAGUUGAAUCACAUGGUGUCAGUCCCAUGAUACCAUUAAAAACAAAGCUGUGAUGGUGUGAUCUUGACAUCAGAGCAGUAGAGUUCACCAGUUCUGGCUCAAGUCUUUUGGCAUAUCAGUAGAAAUGUUUUCGUAUUUGGCCAAUUAGAGGUUGGUGCAUUCAUUCAUCAGUGUGGAGUUUGACCUUUCAGGUGGCUUUUGUUCAUGCAGGGAAAUGUUAUGCUGGCCAUGCAUGUAAUUAUUGAGCUUCGAACAUUUUUCAGCUUUCAACAGUUACUUGUAUUCACACCUAGUCGUUGUCCUGUGCCAUGGUUUUCUUUAUGGUUUUUAGUUUUUGAACUUUCAGAAUAGUGUUCCCUUCUAACUAGUAGCAGCUUUGUCGUCCUGCCCUGGGGUCACACGUCUGCUCCCUCUGUUUCCAUGGCAUCUUCCUGUCCCCCAGCUGUCAGCAGGUCUUUCACUGUGCCGCCAUGUGGCCUGAGCGCUCAGCCAACAAGGCUCUGUUUGUGGUGUGGCGGGGUGAGGGCUUUCAGCUGUCUCAUUCCUCUGGUGCUGGAUAACACUGGGCCCGGCCCACAGUCUCCACUGCACCCAUAACUCAUCGAUCACUUCUGCUGUCCUGCCAGCACCAGGGACUGUGUGUCCAUCCUGUCCCAUGAUGUUCUGUAGGUGUUGCCUACAGAUGCCGAUGGCUUCAGUACACUUACCUUUACCUAUUGACCCCCGAGCCAAUGAGAGCAGUGAGCUCAGAGCUGCCGUGUGACAGCAUUAAUAACCUUUGUUCUUGGUAAAUUCCUUGAUAAGCAACCUGCCCUUGUGUAACUAAACAGUGUUCUAUGAGGGUUUAAAUGUCCUGCUCAAGGGCAGUACAUGCAGAGGAAGUGAGCUGUCAACACAUGGUUUGUGAGACCCAGACCCCACGGCCAACAAUUGCUCAAACUACAUCCACUUUGUUUGAUUGUGUUGGUCUCCCAUGAGGGUGUGUGUGUGUGUUUAUGAUGAGCAGGAAUGCAGUGUAUGUCAGUCUUGUCCUCCUCUCACAGUUGCAGGCCAUCCUUAACCAGAGGCACCAGUCAGAUGGUGAUCUUGUAGGACCCGCUGGUGAAAACGGCCUCAUUCCCAGACGAGGGUCACAGCUGCGCUCCAUACCUCAGCUUCCUCACCUAACACUGUACCUUCUUUGUCAGCGCUUUCACCUCACCCAAAACAGCGUCAAUACUAGUCUCCGAAUGUAAGCAGUGUGAAAAUGGCCGUCUUGUUGUACUAACGGACAGCAAGCAGGCGACUGUUCGUCCUGCAGGGUGGUCUGAUUUGACACGGCUUCAGAAGGAAUUUGGGUGAGUCAGACCCACAGCCAGGUUGCAAUUUUUAAACUUCUUUUUACCCAGAGAGAGUUUUUCUAAACACACGCUGAACUCCCUAUUUUAUUUAAUUCUUUGAGCGCCCUACUUCACAUUCAUAGACUUACCUGAACUCACACCAGAAAUCUCGAAGGUUCUUGAGCGAGGACAGCAUUUGUUACGGGUUGGGAAAGCUGUUAUUUUUCUGUUUUGUGGCAUAGACUUUCUUAGAAGGAGAAAACCUCAUUUACAAACCCUGUGUUCUCAAAACCUCAUUCUUUAACCGAGCACUGUCGCUGUCCCUCUUCUGUCAUUUAUCCUACCAUGGCAGUACAUCUAUAUGAGCAAGUCAGGUCAUCUUCAGGUGUUGUUCAACUCCACAACUACCCCACUAAAUCCACCAGAAUGAAUUUUUUUAAUAUUAUUUUGUUUGGCAGGCUAUUGUUUGAGCGUGGGUGCAACAUUUUUAUUUUAAAUUAUGAACGCCUCUGUCCAGAACUAACAUUUUAAAAUCAUGUCACUGUUUUAAAUGAACCAUCCUCUGUCCUGUUCUUGAAGACUCUCAGUAGUCGGAGUCACUUCUCCAUGUUAACACAGUAUCUAAUGCACCACUAAUCUGCUCUGUAAGAUCAUGUAUCAACAUUUUUGUUUAAAUCUGAUGUAUAUAGUGGACUGCAGAAAGGUUAAACCAGUGUCAUGUAGAAAGAAUAUAAGGCUUAUUUAUAAUGAAAUAACUGUCAAGCUAUCUCACUUGCCUACUAUCAGCUAGUAUCCGCCACGCCAAUCCCACUUAGCAGGGAGGAGUAAUAAUCUGUCUUCUCUUCACACACACAGACACACUUUCACUUGGUGUUUGUUGUAAACUUCUUUAGCCCUAGUUGCCCCCUUCCCCUUCCCUCCUAAUGUUUUUUUCAUGCCUUUGUUUAGUUUAUAUUAGAUUGUAUUUGAUUAAUUGCUUUAUUUAUUUGAUAGCAGAUCUGUGCCAAGGGAAAGUACCCUUUUAUUAAAGUAUGAACCUGUUCCUUGUAAA